UAAGUCUGUCGCCAACGGAGGUCAGCUACAGGGCCGACGACCCCAGAAUGAGUUCUGUGACAAUCGACGAAAGCUUAGCUGGCGUCGGAACGAUUAAAGACCGCGAAGACGGCGGCAGUUUUGAGUGCCUUAAGUGCAAGAAGUUGUUCAGCACUGCCCACGGCCUGGAAGUUCAUACACGGCGUUCCCACAGUGGUUCACGACCGUACGCCUGCGACGUCUGCAACAAGACGUUCGGACAUUCCGUCAGCUUGUCGCAGCACAGGGCGGUGCACAGUCAGGAACGCUCGUUCUCUUGUAAGGAAUGCGGCAAGAGUUUCAAGCGUUCCUCCACACUGUCAACCCAUCUUCUCAUUCAUAGCGACACCCGCCCUUACCCAUGUCCCUAUUGCGGCAAAAGGUUCCAUCAGAAGUCUGACAUGAAGAAACACACAUACAUUCAUACAGGUGAAAAACCACACAAGUGCUUAGAAUGCGGGAAGGCGUUCAGUCAGUCCUCAAACCUGAUCACUCAUACGAGAAAGCAUACAGGAUUCAAACCGUUCGCCUGUAACGUUUGCACGCGCGCCUUCCAGAGAAAAGUAGAUUUGCGACGUCACAUGGAAACUCAGCAUCCUUCGCCAUUGGAUGACCACAGCAGUCACAUGCAGUUCCACGCCAACCAUUGAAACGUUGAGUUUUGCCGCUGCCUUCACUAAGACACACGUAUACAUUGCUAUGGAUACAUAACUUCGGGAAACUUUCCGAUGUAUUGCCUGUGAAAAUUAGGUCUCAUCUAACAUGUCCAAGAUGACAUUUUUCACGCAGAGUAAAAAGUGUCCAAGAUGAGGACAAACAC